AUGCAAACCUCUAUGUUGCUCAACACCUCACCUGAGUUCGAGAUGGCCGUCUACACUAUCUGUGCGCUUAACGGAGGACAGUGUCAGAUGGCUAUCAAUAAUCAACCUGUGACAAUUUUUGCCAGCACUCUUACACAGAACGGUGUUACAGUGAUUGAUCGCUGCUAUCCUGCUAUAUCAAGCUCGACUACAACAAAGAAGUCAAGCGGUACUACUACUAAGAAGCCGAGCACAUCCGAUCCCGACCUACAGACCCUCGUCGAUAACAUGCGAGCAGCCGAUGUCGACAAGGCCAGUCCUAAUGACUACUCACUGAACUGGGGUAACAAAGUAUCGGGAACUAAGAAGACCAGUCCAAACCAGCUGUUUACCUAUGUCAAUGAGUCGCUUUUCCAACGACCCGUCUAUGCUACAUUAAUAGACGUUUACAGCAACAAUCUUUUUACCCCACAGGUGUGCACUGCUGAGCCGGCAAUGACGGGAUUCCGUAAAGCAGGUCUACAGCAAGUUUUCGACACCUGGACGGCUACAGAUGUCUUCAACCUAGCCUUCCAAUACCUGCAGAAGAAAGGAUAUAAAAAUGCGAGUGACAUAGCUACAUUGAAGACAUUCCUGUGGAACUUAUGGUUCGGCACUUACUCGCGCUGUAGUGGAGCCGAAGGAAGUUCUGGGUGGGAGCAUGUGUUUGUUGGAGAAUGGAAGGAUACCACUGUUGAUGGACAACACGAUUGGGCCAGAUAUUACCUGCUCCAAAAAGCUGAUAAAAUUGAUUAUCAUGGGUAUUAUUCAACCGUCGCUGUGAGUUUUUUUUUACCUUUCCCGACAGUCAAAGUUUUUGAUCUUGGUAAAAAUUUCAAAACAGCCUUUUCAAGGACAAGCUUCUGA